UAUAUAAACUGUGAGAAAUUUUUAUUCGACAUCAAUUUCAGGUUUUGCUUUGAAGAAGACAAUCAAUUUCAACAAUAAUAAAGAAAGAUGAAAUCUUGCACUCUUUUACUUUUGUGUGUUGGACUUUUCGUCCUAGUCAACAGUCAAUGUGAAGAGGAAGGCAGACGUUGUCGAAACGAUCGUGAUUGCUGUGAGAAUCUGCGAUGUCAAGAUAGAAAAUGUGCAAGGAGAGAGGGCGGAGGUGAUUGCCAAAGAGAGGGACAACGCUGUCGCAAUGAUCAAAAUUGUUGUCGGAAUCUCCGAUGUCAUGAGAGGAAAUGUGCAAGAAGAGAUGACGGAGGUUGCGAGGGAAAACGGUGUCAGAAUGACAGAGAUUGUUGUCGCAACCACCGCUGCAAUGAAAGAAGGCGACAUUGUGAGAGGCGCAGGGAUGAGUGAGCUUUUCAAUUCUAAUAGGACAAUUUUAUAUUGUCCAAACGGUUUGAAAAUAUUCAAACGGACCAAAGAAUGAAAUAAAAUUUAAAUUUUUCAAAAAUUUCAUUCUGUAAAGUUAAUAUAUAAUAAUAAAGAUAAAAUAGAAAAAAAA